UCAGUCUUUGCAAGGGCACAGCUGUGCCAGCUCGCUCCGGCAGGCUCCUGGCAGCAUGGCAGGAAAGCUCUGGACCUUCCUGCUGCUGUUUGGGUCCAGCUGGGUUUGGCCAGCUUCUGCCCACCGGAAGCUCCUGGUGUUGCUCCUGGAUGGUUUUCGCUCAGACUACAUCAGUGAGGAUGCCCUGGCAUCCUUGCCUGGUUUCAGAGAGAUCGUGAACAGAGGAGUCAAAGUGGAUUACUUGACUCCAGACUUCCCCAGCCUCUCCUAUCCCAAUUACUACACCCUCAUGACCGGCCGCCACUGUGAGGUCCACCAGAUGAUCGGGAACUACAUGUGGGAUCCCAGAACCAACAAGUCAUUCGACAUCGGGGUCAACCGAGACAGCCUGAUGCCCCUCUGGUGGAAUGGGUCAGAACCCUUGUGGAUCACUCUGAUGAAAGCCAGGAGGAAGGUCUACAUGUACUACUGGCCAGGCUGUGAAGUUGAGAUUCUUGGUGUCAGACCAACUUAUUGCCUAGAAUACAAAAAUGUCCCAACAGACAUCAACUUUGCGAAUGCAGUCAGCGAUGCUCUCGACUCAUUAAAGAGUGGCCGAGCGGAUCUCGCAGCCAUAUACCACGAACGCAUUGAUGUAGAAGGCCAUCACUAUGGCCCCUCAUCACCUCAGAGAAAAGAUGCCCUCAAAGCUGUGGACACUGUCCUGAAGUACAUGACCCAGUGGAUUCAGGAACGAGGCUUGCAGAAUGACCUAAACGUCAUCCUUUUCUCAGACCAUGGGAUGACUGACAUCUUCUGGAUGGAUAAAGUGAUUGAGUUGAGCAAAUACAUCAGCCUGGAUGACCUGCAGCAAGUGAAGGACCAAGGGCCCGUCGUGAGCCUGUGGCCAGUCCCAGAAAAACACUCUGAGAUAUAUCACAAACUCCGCACAGUAGAACACAUGACAGUGUAUGAGAAAGAAGCGAUACCCAACAGGUUCUAUUACAAGAAAGGGAAAUUUGUCUCUCCUUUGACCUUGGUGGCUGAUAAGGGGUGGUUCAUAGCAGAGAGUCGAGAGGCGCUUCCAUUUUGGAUGAACAGCACCGGCAAGCGCGAGGGCUGGCAGCAUGGAUGGCACGGAUAUGACAACGAGCUCAUGGACAUGAGAGGGAUCUUCCUGGCCUUCGGACCAGAUUUCAAGUCGAACUUCAGAGCUGCUCCAAUCAGAUCCGUGGAUGUCUACAACAUCAUGUGCAAUGUCGUAGGCAUCACCCCACUGCCCAACAAUGGGUCCUGGUCCAGGGUAGUAUGCAUGCUGAAGAGUCAAACCAGCUCGUCUCCAUCCAUCCCGCCGAACAGUUGUGCGCUGGUCUUGAUUCUCCUCUUAUACUUUGUAUAGCUCUCCAUAGGGCUCAUUCCAAAGCACUCCUCCAACAUGGAGCAGUUUUCAUUUUCCUUAUGAAUAAUAGCUCUAUUAACACAAUCAAGGCCAUUAAAGUUGUAAACAUAUUAUUCUUGGAUGAUCCUACACACAAA